ACACGCUGACCGCCAUAGACAGAACUGUAUCAGCGUUCGGAAACGAAUCACUAAAAGAAAAUACCACGAUGUACUCUCACAUCUUCGCUUUGUUCGUGUGUGGAAUUCUGGCCACGACAACAGCUGCACCGUCACCAGGUGGACAUUCGCAUCAUCAUGUGAAGAUUCACGUGCCUUAUCAUGUGCACACGGUUCAUCAUCAUCACGUGAAAAAAGUACCUUAUCCAGUUCAUCAUGUCGAGAAGGUUCAUGUGCCCGUUCACAUACCAGUUCAUCACGUCGAAAAGGUUCACGUACCAGUACCGUACAAGGUAGUGGAAAAAGAAUACGUGCCUGUUCCUGUCCACCACGAAAAGCCCCAAGAAGAACACCAUGGUGGAUGGUGGAAUUGAAAAUUACCUCUUGUCAAAAAGGGUAUUUUAUUACCAUAAGGUUACAUCUUCCAAAAAAUCCAUCUUGCCCUAGCCCGUGGAGAAAAAAAUUAUCUUAACUUCAAAGAAGUAAUCGAACUCAGUCAAAACAUCAAAAAAGCUCAAGUACAAGGUGGCUGAUGCCACCCAAUCUAGAGAAAAUUAAGGAUAUAAUUUUAAGUUAAAAUAUGCAUGAAUGAUCAAUUCGUGGGACAAAUGUACACGCACACAAAAUAUGAAUACCUGUAUAUACUUUUACAUAUUGUAGGCCUUAUUUUUGUACCGUAUGCAGAUAAUUAAAGAAAGCACUCUUUCUAUAUAAAAAAA